AUGUCGUUGAAACCUGGCCGCACUAUCCUCGCGUCGUCCAUCGCGAAGCUGUACUUGGAGGAGAUCAAGACUCGUGUCGCUGCGUUGCGGGCUGCGGGCCGUCGGGCGCCCCUGCUGGUUGGGUUUCUGGCUAACGACGACCCGGCCUCGGAGACGUACGCGAACUGGACAGGCAAGACUUGCGAAUCCCUUGGGAUCAGCUACGAGUUGCGGAAGUUUGAGGAUAGGGACUACCUCGAGGAGGGGAUCAUGGCUGCGAACGGCGACGACGCAGUGGACGGCAUCAUGGUGUACUUCCCCGUGUUUGGGAAUGCACAGGAUCAGUACCUGCAGCAGAUUGUCUCGAGGGAGAAAGAUGUAGAGGGGUUGAACCUCGUGUACUACCAGAACUUGUACCACAACGUCCGGUGGCUCGACGACGCGAGACAAUUGAAGUCUAUCCUACCCUGCACACCCUUAGCGGUGGUCAAGAUCCUCGAGUACCUCAAGAUAUACAACCCUUUACUUCCGGAGGGGAACCAAAUGUACGGAAAGAAAUGUGUUGUGGUGAACCGGUCCGAGAUCGUGGGACGGCCUCUUGCCGCGUUGCUUGCCAACGACGGUGCCGUCACGUACUCUGUCGACGUAAACAACAUCCAGAAGUUUACGAGGGGAGAGAAACUCAAGUUCCAGAGGCAUCACGUCGAGGAUUUGGGGGACAACUCCCCCGAGUUGCUACAGGAGGUCUGUCGAGAUGCGGACGUUAUCAUCACAGGAGUGCCCUCCGCGAAUUACAAGUUCCCCACGGAAUACAUCCCGGAGGGGGCCGCGUGCAUCAACUUCUCCAGCUUCAAGAACUUCGUGGACGAAGAGGUCAAGAACAAGGCAUCGCUUUACGUCCCGAUGACGGGGAAAGUCACCAUCGCUAUGCUCCUCAGAAACAUGCUCAGACUCGCAGAGAACAGGGAGAAACUCGCCCAGUGA